CUGGCGCUCCGAUGAUGACCUGAAUGCUGAUGAUCGCGGAGAUCAACAAAGGAGAGGAGAGGAGGAGAUGAAACGUUUCCUGAGAGCUGAGGAGAAUGGAGAGCUGCUGACAGACUGCAGGGAGCUGUCACCCAACCACACCGCCUCCUCCUCCUCCUCCUCCUCCUCCUGCAUCUCCUCCUCCUCCUCCUCAGCCCACAGACACGCGGCCCUGUCCUCGCUCCAGACCCGGGGACCAGGCGGCGGGUCGGAGCCGAGGAGAUCCGCGCUCAAACGCAGCCGAGGCGGCCAGGACGGAAGGGAGGAUCCGGAGGGGGCGGCGGAUCAUCCGGAAGCGCGUCCGGGGCUCGGUGUUCAUCUGCGGCCGCAGCCUCAAGGGCGCAGCGGCGGAGGCGCAGAAGAGAUGAUUUCAGCGGCCGGCAGGGAUGCGGACGGAAACAAUAACAGCAGCGGCGGGAUGCAGGAGCCCGGCGCGGCCGCACCUCCUGCGGCCAAAGGCAAGGAGGACAGGAAGGGCAAGAACCUGAUCCGGGGCUGGAAGAGAGACCGGGACGCACCCGUUGCGCCCGGCCGGGUCAGGAAGGAGAAGCCCGGCGAUGAUGGCCCGUCUCCUCCGCCCUCCUCCGCCUUCCUGCCGGAGCAUCACCUGGGCCCCGGACACUGCCUCGGCCCCGUGCCGGAGCCCCGGAUCCCCGCGGGGGAAAGCACCACCAUCCCCGGAGCCUCCGGGAAACCAGCGCCGGACUGUGGAGUAAAGAACGGCGCGGGAGCUAUUGUUGUCAGGCGGCUGCACGACGAGCCUCCAGCGGCCAAGAAACACAGAGGAGCCGAGAAGAUGGACCCCAUGUUCACAGUGCCAGCCCCUCCGGCUCCAUGUCAUCCCGGGGCCCCUGGGUCCUCACUGCCCUCAGUCCCCUCGUUUUCCUCUCCGGCCCUGCCAACUUCGAACCCUAAGCCGCUGACAGUUAGGACGCGGUCGGUCGGGACCAACACUCAGGACGGAGGCUUUCCAGGAGUGCCGGACGGUGACCCGGCCUUAUUGGGGCCCUGUCAGCCUGGGACCAGCGUUAACUUGGAGGGAAUCGUCUGGCACGAGACUGAAGAAGGUGUGCUGGUGGUGAACGUGACCUGGAGAAAGAGAACCUAUGUGGGAACUCUGCUGGACUGCACCAAACACGACUGGGCUCCUCCAAGGUUCUGUGAGUCCCCUUGCAGUGAUCCUGAAUUCCCUGGUGGCCGUGGACGAGGGAAACGGAUGAGAAUGGCCAUGUCGGAACGAUCCUGCAUAGAACAGUCCCAUUCCACUAAAGUCAGGGGACUUCCACACCAUCGGAGCCGUGGGGGCAGUGUGGCAGGAUCCAUCCACAGCAAAGGAAGGAGGGGCAGCCUGAAUCUCAUCAACAGCAAUGGCAGGGCGCCUUCCUCCUUUUUCAUGGUCGAUGAUGUUAAAUCCACAAAUAUAUCCUCCUCUAUCCCCACCGGGAAGCGAAAGAACAAACCCCCAGCUGACUUGGACCUUAGUCUUGUUUCCUCAGACGAAAUUAAAAACGCAAAUGGGAAGAGGAUCCGAGCAAAAUCCCGUAGUGCCCCAUCAACGCCUUUGGGCAAAUCUGACCCAUCUUUCAUGGACCCAGGAGGAGGCUGUGCUUCCUCCCCACCCCCACCCAUCCUCAUUGACUGCCCUCAUCCAAACUGCACUAAACGCUACAAGCACAUCAACGGACUGCGCUACCACCAGACACAUGCACACCUGGAGGCGGACGAGCAGAGGAAGCCUGAACUGGGCUCUUUGAAAGAUGGAGAAAGCGAAGAUCGACUAUCAGACUGUGAGGACAACAUCAGCAAUGUGACUUAUGAGCCCCCAGAGAAUAGCACAAACACUCAUAGCACCUCAAAGAAACCUGCUCCUCUAUACAAAGUGACGACAGUGGGAUCUCCCAAAAACAGACGAUUACUUCUGAGCACCGACCACAGCCCUAACGCCAACUCAAAAACCAGAAGAACCUCACUCCUGAAAGACGGCCUGAUUGACGACCUCAGUAAUCUUCCCAUUAUCUCCAACAUGACAGUGGUUUUGGAGAACUGCAUGGUCCCAGACAGAAGCUCUUUGGCAGAGAUGCCCAAACUGGAAGCCGAAGGACUGAUCGAUAAAAAGGGAGGUGUACCGGACAAAGGUAAGAAGGCCAAUGGAAAGGUUGAAAAACUAUCCAAGUCCAGGACUAACCGUCCAAUUGCUCCAGCGCCAGCACCACCAAAGCUGAUUGCCAUACCUAACACCACCUAUCCGACCAGCACAGCUGACGUUGUCUCCCCACAGCAGCCUUCCACAGUGGCUACCGUAGGCCUUACCAGUAAAAACCUUUCCCUGAAACCCAUUAAACCAAAGCUUAGCAUCGUAGUGGAGCCAAACCUUGUCAAAGCCACAGUGGUGACUUGCAAAGAGACCAGGAAAAAAGAAAAACGAAAGCUAAAGGAUAAACAUAACAAAGAGGCGGCUAACAGGACUGCCAAUGGUGACAGUGGUGUGAUCAAGGUGGAAGAUGUUGGUAUUGGACCUAAAGGAGUGGUUAAGGAAAUUUCUGGAAGCCUUUUGAAGGAGCACCUUAGCAAACAGGAUGUAAUGAAUGGACUCACAGAGAGCCAGGAGAGCAGGAUGGCCAGCAUCCGCGCAGAGGCCGACAAGGUCUACACCUUCACCGACAACGCCCCCAGUCCGUCGAUCGGUGGAUCGUCGAGACUUGACCCGAGUCUAGCAGCAGACGGCGGCAGCAAGAACGACAGCCCUGCCUACUCGGAUAUAUCGGAUGCCGGAGACGACGGGGGGUCUUCAGAAUGUCGCUCUGACGGGAUGAGGUCCAAGUCCAGCUCCUCGUCUUCGUCCGAGGUGAGCUCCAAUAGCAACCAUGCUAACUCUGGCAAAACCCCUCCCACAGCUUUGAAAGAGCCCCAUUCCCCGUACUACCACGGCUACGACCCCUACUACCUGCAAGGCUACAUGCAGCCAGAGAGGCAGAACAGCGGGACUGUCGCUUUCCACAAAAACUCUCCUCACGACAGCAAAGUAAAAGACCGGAGAGAGGAAAUGAAAGACGAUGAUAAAAACGACUUCUCUGAUCCUAAGAAAGUUGACGUUCCAGCUCAGUCUCAACUCCAGCUGGCUAUGAGUCAGACCCAGACAGCUUUAGCCCAGUCUCUUUACUAUGGCCAGUACUCCAGAGGACUAUAUAUGGACCAGAAGCUUUUACUGGCCUCCAAAUGCUGUGACCAGACCCUUGGUGCCAAGCAAAGAGGACAGGGGGUAAGGGACACCGAGGAUGUUAAACAUAUGGUUGGGGUUUCAGCCAGUGGAGCCAUGCUAGGUAAAGGUCCAGACGGUGCUAAAGGUUGCUGUCCCAAGCCGGUGCUUUCCUAUGUGGAGAUGAGUGAAAGGGGAGAAAGGGGGCAGAGUCUGGGCGUAAAGGUAGUGCACAGUGGCAUGGUGGACCAGCACCAGGUCUCAAUGAAAGACUGUGAUGACAUCAAGUCACCUUCCUCAUCCUCCUCCUCUUCUUCAUCCCUUCACAAUCCAAACAGUCAGACAGAUCUGGACAAUGUUUCAUUUUCCAGUUCCCCAGACGGUCCCGGCUGGGCACACCGCCUCUCGCACAGCAAAUAUUCAGAGCUACAGAGUCAGCACGGGGAGAAUGGCCAAGAGGGGGAAGCGGGCACUGGGACUGAGUGGGGAACCAAUGUGGAGCCUGCGGGGGCCAAGAUGACCCCAGGUGGUGUAGAUGCUAAAAAAUCCAGAGCUCAUGGGCUCCAAGAUUUCCCGGCCGUUGCCGAUGCGGAGGAUUCACACCGACACGAGGGUCUGGAGGACCAGGAUCACGACGCAGUGGGAGGGCUGGCAGAGGAGUCUCAGAAUGCCAGGGCGGCAGUGUCACCUCCCAUGACCCCACAGCAGCCCUACAUCCAGUACCAGCACCCCUCCUAUUCUCCCUAUCUGGCCAUGUGUGAGGGCAGCGGGGGCUCCUACAGGGGAGUGUCCCCGACCCUGGUCCACAACUACCCAGGUUUCCACUACCCGCUGUACGGAAAGACGGCAGGCAGGGAGGAGUCAGAGGUGACCCCGCCCAGCAGAGGGGAGACAUCAGGCGGCAGGCUGAUAGCAGAGUCAUCCUCCUCCUCGUCCUCCGUGGAGCUGCUGCAGCAGCCCAAUCAUCACUUCCAAGGAAAAUCCCCCGCUCCUGGUGAUAAGGGUUCGCCUGAGGGAGAAACAGACGCGGAACGGGAGAGAACCCAUGUGUCAUUUGCUCGACACCUCCACACACACCACCACACACACCUGGGCAUGAGCUACAACCUGAUGUCUGGACAGUUUGAUAUCUACCAAGGUCUGAGCUCCAGGUCGCUGGUCUCCAGUCAGCAGGUGUCAGGACACUCCUCAGCAGACAGUGAAGGGAAGAAGUAGAAUCAUGUGACCGGGUCUCACAUGAUGGACGGCAGAUUUAUCAGACAUCAAUUCCUUGGUGUGGAAUAAGCUUCGCCUCGCUGAGAGGCAGGGAACAAGCAAAACAGACAAACCUCUUUCAUUUCCUACUGAUGAACACCUACGGUUUUAUAACACGUCACAGAGGAGCAGAUGGGGCGGGGAGGGUCAGGUCGCUGGAACUAAACCGUUUGUCUACAAGGGUUGGACUCCUUCUAUAAACCCAGAUGUCUUUGUUUGGACAGAAACAGGCGUUUGGUAAAAGAGGAAACAUCCUAGAGCCCCGUUCACUCAGCUUUACCUCUGCUGUUGUGUUUAACUUUAUGAAAUGCACAUUUAUUGUAGUGUAAUAUAAUGACGAUAUGACUGAAUGUAAAAGUAAUAACUCUGUUCCAACUCUGUGGAUCCUCUUUUUUUAAAAGCCUGUUGGGACAAGAACAGCAUUAGGAAGCUAAAAAGUAUAUAAUUAUUGUUAAUCUCAUUCUGAUUAUUGAAGUGGUCCUCCCUCCUUCAUAGUGCUGACGCUACAUUUGUAUAACUAACCUGUUAUUGAGUGUAAACAUGUUGAUUGUAUUGUCUUUAUGUGGGAGUAAAACCUUCACCUGGACCCAUCCAGUGCCAUUUA